AAAAAAAUUACGAACUAUUAAUCGAAAAAUGUAUAGUGAAUUAUUAGAAACAUAUCCAUCAAAGAUAUUUUUACAAAAAUUACCUGAACAAACUAAUGAGAUUUUGAAAAAACAUAAUGAACGUGUAUUAGAAAUUUAUACGGAUUAUGUUAUAGCAUUUACAAGGCAAAAUUCGGAAAAUUUGGGACCUGAUAAUUGUUUACCACUUUCAAAAUUCGAGUUUCCUCCAAAAAAAUUUGAUGAAAAUGCUCAAGAAUGUAAUUUAAUUAAAAAAUUAUAUUCUAUGGCUAUUCCUUUCAGUGCUAGAACACCUUUUAUUGCAAUGUGUGGCUCAAUUGGAGAUAAAUUUCUUAAUGUUGAGGAUUUAUGUGAACAUGUGCAUCACAAAAUAUAUUUAGAUUUACAUAGUAUCCCUUAUAUUAAAACAAAUGAAAAUCUUAAUGCAUAUUUAUUGGAUUUCUUUAGUCAUGGACAAGAAAAAACUCUUAUUAAAGCGAAUGGCAUACGACCUGGUGAAGUUUGGCAAUGUCUAAAAGAUUUUGAUUUUGUUCUUCAAACAAUUGUGACAUCAUUAGAAGUUCGAAAUAUUGAGAGCGAGGUAGAUGUCUUAAAAGGAUUCACGAUGGUUCGUGAAACUUUUGGAGAAAAGUAUAUUAAGACUUGGUCUUAA